CGGCUCCUAAUGCCGCUUUAACUAGAAUACGUCAGAGCCAACAUGGCGCCCAUGGUUAGCUUGAGAAGAGGCAGUUGGGAGGGAUAAGUAGAUAUCCAAUGAAAAAGAGAACGGGGUGAAAAGACGGAGGAAGUAACAUUCAUAAGCCUGCAAACAACUGGAAGUUGUAUUAUCAACAUAUAUCAGCAUUUGCAGCCACCAAGUAACGUCGAAAAACAAGUGCUAGCUAUGCGCCUGUUUUAAAUGAUCGGCUAACGCAACUAACUAAAACAUCUCCACAGAGAAAUCGGACAGACUGCAGCGUAUGAAAUUAGCAACCUCAGCAUGACUCAGUGGGAGAGACUGAGGCAGCUGCCCGCUGUGUACACACAGCAGUUACACGAGCUCUAUGACAGGGAUGCUUUGCCAAUGGAUGUUCGGCACUACCUGUCUGCCUGGAUAGAGAAGCAGGAGUGGCAACGAGCAGCACGGGACCAGGACUUUGCCAUGGUGCUGUUCCAAGUCCUGUUGGAGAAUCUGGAUAUCCAGCACAGUCGCUUUGUACAAGAGGAGUCAUUCUUAAUGCAGCACAACAUUAGACGCUAUAAACAUAACUUUCAGAGGUACCAGGAUGACCCGAUGACUUUGGCAAGCACAAUCUUGUGGUUCUUAGAAAAAGAGAAGGAAAUCUUGCAGACUGCUGAUCUGGCUGAGCAGGUCCAGUUUUUGCAUGUAGAACAGGAAGCUAUGGAGACGAGCAGCCAGCAGGACCUUGAACGUAAAAUGGCCGGCCUCAAGAAUGAAGUGCAGUGUAUGGAACAUACAAUGAUAUGUCUGGAGGAGCAGCAAGAUGAGUUUGAUUUUAAAUACCAAACCCACACGAUGGAAGCGAGGGGAGAAGAGGCCGAUAAGAACCAACAAAUGAAAGUUCUUCAGUUACUUGUCAACAGACUGAACGACUGUAGAAAGAGCACAUUGUCAGACCUGAACAAGCUCCUGGACAGGAUUGAUGACUUGACCGACACUUUGGUGAAGAAAGAGCUGGUGGAGUGGCAGAGGAGGCAGCAGAAAGCCUGUAUUGGAGCUCCAGACAAUGUUUGCCUGGAUCAACUAGAGAAAUGGUUCACCUGUGUGGCAGUGUGUCUGUUCCAGGUGCGCGAGUUUAUUUGUAAGCUGGAGGAGCUGGUAGGAAAGGUGUCCUAUGACAACGACCCUGUGAAGAUCCAAAGACCAGCUCUGCAGAAGAGAGCAGAUACUCUUCUGAAAAACUUAAUCAAAAGUGCCUUCGUGGUUGAGACUCAGCCAUCCAUGCCUCAGGGGAAAGGCCCACUGGUUCUCCGCACAAAUGUCCAGUUCUCUGUUAAGACCAGAUUGCUUGUCAAGUUUCUUGAGCUGAACCACUCCAUGAAAGUAAAUGUAUCCAUGGACAGGGAAGCACCUCAGAUCAAAGGAUAUCGACGUUUUAAUGUCCUGGGGACCAAAAGCAAGGCGUUGAACAUGACAGAGAGCCAGAGCGGAGGCAUGGUAGCAGACUUCAGACAUCUAACUCUGAAGGAGCAGAAGUGUGGAAGUGGCGGCAAAGGAGUCAGUGAUAUUUCUCUGAGUGUUACAGAGGAGCUGCACAUCAUCUACUUCGACACUGUGUUUGAACUGAAAGGCUUGUCAGUUGAGUUGCAGGCCUCCUCCCUCCCAGUGACCAUCAUCUCCAACUCCAGCCAGCAGCAGAGCGCCUGGGCCUCUGUGCUCUGGUUCAACAUGAUCAGUCAGGACACCAAAGACGUUAAGUUCUUUGCCAACUCUCCUGCUGCCACUUGGCCACAAUUUAGAGAGAUGCUGAGCUGGCAGUUUCUCUUUGCCACCAAACGUAGUCUGAAUGAUGAUCAGCUGGAAAUGAUUGCACAUAGACUCUUUGGAAAGCAGCAGAACUAUGACACCUGCAAAGUAGCUUGGUCCAAAUUUAGCAAGGAAAACACUCCUGACACUUUCUGGGUGUGGUUUGAUGGCAUCUUGGUGAUGGUGAAAACAUAUCUUGAAGACCUGUGGAGGGAUGGCCUCAUUAUGGGUUUCGUGAGCAAAGGCAAAGAGAAGUCCCUCCUGAAGAAAAAACAGAGAGGCACGUUCUUGUUGCGCUUCAGUGAAAGUGUCAUCGGAGGUAUCACCUUCUCCUGGGUGGACACCACCGCGACUGGUGAGCCUGAAGUAAAGACGGUCCAGCCCUUCACCAAAGUUGACCUUUGCCAGAUUCCCUUCCAUGAAAUCAUCAGGAAUUACCAGAUCUUAGAAGCUGAAAAUGUCCCAGAAAAUCCGCUACUUUAUUUAUAUCCCAACACCCCGAAAAAUGAGGCUUUCCAAAAAUACUACACUGGCAAAAGCGGAGCUGACAGUCCUUACAUAAAGUACAUCAAAACUAAGCUGAUGUUUGUGUCGAAGGAGAACACACCGGGGGCUAAGUCACCCAUGUCCUCUGACAUGGCACAGGGUGAAGGCCUGGAGCCAAACAAUGGCCCGUGUGGAGAGUCAGCUGAACAAAACGGCGAUCCUCAUCCUCUAGAGUCGUCUCUGGAAACGUAUCGUCCUGAUCCCAUGCUGUCUGGCUCGGUUUCAAACCCAGAGGACGAUUUACUGAUGUACCUCAACAACCCCAACCUCUUUGAUGACUCUGACAUCUUGCAAGAUGACCAAAUGCUGCCUGAUUUCAGUCUUCAAGCCUUUCAUUUGCCCGCCCAACAAUCCUGUGGAAGCAUCUUCAAUUAAGCAUCUGUUGUGUUAUUAACCAAACCACUAUAUCUCGCUCAUUGUCAGCUUUACUCUUAGCUUCUUACAUUACAACAUACGUGUCCUAAAAUUGUGGCGUACUUAGCAAACCCAGCACUGAUAUAAUAGUUUGCUUUGAAUACUGUUUUCAUGUGAAAUACUACUCUACUAAUCCUGACAGCGAAUAUUUAUGAAGAACUUUUGUUACCAGCAUUUGAAUACCGAUGUUAACUUUCAUUAUAAUUCCAAUUUAUUCUGCUGUCAUAUCGUUGAACAUGAUUCAGUGAGACUAUUUGAAGACGUGAAAGAGAUAAUUGAAUGAGCUGGACUCAUAUCCACUCCAUUAGAGUCCCAGACACCUGUAUUAGACCCCUUAACUCUCAUGCAUUUUAAACUCUUUUUUUAAAAAUAUGAAACAAUUAGCAUUUGGAGGCCCUGGAUUUUUUGGUCCAGACGUCUAAGGAUUGUUAUAAAUCUGUCUUUUUAAGUUGGUGGGAAAAUGAUUAUAUGAGGUAUUGUAUAGUAGAAUGUCGAGACUGCACAUAAUUUAUUAUUACUUGUUCCUCACUGGUAUGUUCAGCUUGUGAUCCAUUAUACUGAAACAUAGCACUUCUGCCGUUUAUAUACUUUUGCGUUUAUCUGUUCAUUCAAAUCAAAAUGAAUUGUUAUCAUCAAUAAAUGUGAUAUGACUGUU